CGGCGGCCUUCGACCGGCGCGCACGUGUCUUAGCCGCUUAGUUCCGCGAGUGAGUGAUAGUGAGUGAGCAUGUUCGUCCGCGUCGUGGCUCUCCUCGCCACCGCGGCUUUGGCCUUAUCAGCUGCACCCCCAGACCCUUGCUAUGAAGACGGCCGACCGCGCCGCUGCAUACCAGAUUUUGUGAAUGCGGCCUUUGGAAAUCCCGUUGUGGCUUCGUCCACCUGUGGAAAGAGGGGCCCUGAGCGCUUGUGCGAUCCACCCGGAGAUCAGAAUCCCGAGAACGCUUGUCGAGUUUGCGAUGCCGCUCGUUCGGAUAGACGGCACCCUCCAGCUCAUUUAACCGACUUAAAUAACCCGCACGACGUGACCUGCUGGCGAUCUGCCGCUCUACCACCGGCGGCUUAUGAUUCCCCACCAGAUAAUGUGUCUCUCACUCUGUCCCUGGGAAAGAAGUAUGAGCUUACGUACGUCAGUCUUCAGUUUUGUCCCAAAGCCGCAAGACCUGACUCUGUAGCGAUAUACAAGAGCGCCGAUUACGGUAUCACUUGGCAGCCCUUUCAAUUCUACUCAAGCCAGUGUAGACGGGUAUAUGGGCGGCCGAAUAAAGCGACAGUUACAUCGGCAAAUGAGCAGGAAGCUAGGUGUUCUGAUUCGCAUAGAUUGGGUGAAAAUUCUGGCGGAGCGAGAUUAGCCUUCAGUACUUUGGAGGGGCGUCCGAGCGCGGCUAACUUCGAUAUAUCACCGGUCCUGCAAGACUGGGUGACAGCAACUGAUGUACGAGUGGUCUUCAAUAGAUUGCACAUGGUGAACGAAGGGGAUGAGGUGGAUAACAAGAAGCAGGCGGGUUCGGGCAUGCAGCAUUACGCGGUUUCGGAUUUCGCGGUUGGCGGCCGCUGCAAAUGCAAUGGGCACGCAUCUAGAUGCAUUCCGACGAAGGGUGAGGAUGGUCAGACAAUGCAGCUGGCCUGUGACUGCAAGCACAAUACAGCAGGACGGGAUUGCGAGCGAUGCAAGCCGUUCCACUUCGACCGGCCCUGGGGACGCGCCACUGCAAGGGACGCCAAUGAAUGCAAAGAAUGCAACUGCAACGGCCACGCCCGUCGAUGCCGCUUCAACAUGGAACUGUACAAGCUAUCUGGUCGAGCCAGCGGUGGCGUGUGCCUCAAAUGUCGGCACUACACCGCGGGGAGACAUUGCCACUAUUGUCGCGAGGGCUACUACAGGGAUCCUACCAAGCCCAUCACGCAUAAGAAGGCCUGCAAACCCUGCGACUGCCACCCCGUAGGCGCUAGCGGCAAGACCUGCAACCAGACGAGUGGCCAGUGCCCCUGCAAGGAUGGAGUGACAGGUACCACGUGUAACCGCUGCGCGAAGGGCUAUCAGCAGUCGAGGAGCCACAUCGCACCGUGCAUACGUAUUCCCCGGGUGGUAACAGCGGUGCAGGCCAUGGAGGCGGUGGACGCCGAGCCGGGCCGCGCGGAGCAGUGCGGCCGGUGUCGCGCCGGCGCGAGAACGCUAAGCCUCAACAAGUUUUGCAGCCGAGAUUACGUCAUAAUGGGUCGGGUGGUCGGGCGCGAGGCGGCGGGCGGCGACGGCUGGGUGCGGCUGGCGCUGAGCGUGCAGGCGGUGUACAAGCGCGCGCCGCGGAGCCGCCUGCGAAGAGGCCAGGCCGCCCUCUACGUACGCGCCAUCGAUCUCGCGUGCAAAUGCCCCAAGAUCAAGAUUAAUAAGUCCUACUUAAUCCUAGGAGUGGAAAAAGAGGGCGCGUCUUCAGGUUUCCCGGGCUUAACGGUUGGAGAGAGAACAUUGCUUCUGGAAUGGCGGGACGACUGGCAUCGGCGCAUCCGGCGCCUCCAGAGGCGCGCUGUCAACUGUCAUUAGCCGACGCCAUCUUGGAUUUUGAAAAGUUGCCGCAACGCAGAGGUUACGCGAUAUACAGCCUAUAAAAUCGAAUGUUGAAUGGUUCCGUCUAUGUUCCGUGCAAAUGUUUAACUGCCAUUAUGCUGUCUAAUGAGAAAUAGUUCACCUAGUCGUUUGUAAGGUUUAAUAAUAGAUCGAUAUAAAUGUCUAGUUGUCUUUCGCUUAAUAUCAAUUUAACUCGAUUUUUUAGGUGCGACAAUAUUGUCCAUUUCUUGUCUUAAUUUAUACCAAAAAGUUAUUCUUCUCCCUUCCUAGGAUUUCGUUAUCACUAUUCAAUUGUACACAUAGUUGAGUUUAAUUAAGCAGUUAAAUUUAACUAUGUUAAUGAUUGUAAAACAAGUGAGUUUUAAGAUUAUUUAUUGAUUAAAUAAUAUAGAUUCUAGGGCUAAAGUUUCGUUCCAAUUCAUGCAUUUUGUAUAAUUGUUAUUUUAUAUUGAAAUGCGUAUGUUAAUAUUGUUUUAGGUACUGACAACUUAGGCGCUUGAUGUUAAAUUAAUGGCGCGUUUUUUGACAUUUUGAAUGUAUAAUAUAGAGCAUAAGUUUUGAAAAUAAUUCAUAUCCACAGAUAGUCAUAAUGUUUUAACGUACCUCAUUUAUUAAGUACAUUAUAUUUAAGGUUAGACUAAUUUAUGUAUUAGGUAUUCCAUUGCUGACUUCAUUUAAUUUAUUUAAUUUGAUCCGUAUCUGUCUUGCCAAAGUAACUUAACGCUCUGAGUACUUAUUUUUCUUUCUUAUAAAAUUUCUUAACACGAUUAUAUUAACGCCUCAAAAUGUAUUGUACAGUAUUAUUAGCUUUACUGAAAUAGUGUUAUAAAAAAUUACCUUUUGAAAACAUAUUAUUAGAGAUUAAAAUAUUAUUUUACACAGUAGAUAUACAUCCGUUAAAAAUUUUCGUUAUUGGAAUUGCGUGAUUUUUUUAUUUCAAUUCUCCCACAGACUAUACUCUUGAUUUGCCAUAGACUAUAAUAGAAGUACACUCGAGUAAUCAUGUACAAUUGAGCCGUCAAAGAUACAGUACUAGGUACAGUUACAUGCACAAUGCAACAAAUCAUCUUGACGGUUGAACAAUUUACAAUUAUCUAUUGUUGGUGAAUCGCUGUGGUCGAAUACACAUAGGCAUGUGGCUAUUUGAAGCGAGGAUUUUUGAAAGCGAUAAAAUAGAACAAGUAUUUUUUCAAUAUUUUUACCUUUCGAUACCAUCAUCUUAAUGCGUUUUAGUGUGUGUCAAAUUUACUUAAUAUUUUUUACAAUGAUCUUGACAUAAAAUAAAACAUUUCAAGAUAUUACGGAUACAAAACUGUUUAUUAAAUCAGUGUGCACGAAAUCAUCUAGUUUGUGCAUAAAAUUGAAUUCGUGUUAUUUGCGUCACAAGUUCUUAAUUCUUCAACAAUAAAUAAAAAAAACAGUUGCAAAUGAUGUAACAUAAUAUGGUUACAUCAUUCGUUCUAUACAGAAUACAUAUUUCGGUUUAAUACGUAUUUGUUAUGCUCAUCAAAUUAUUAUUAUUUUUAUUGUUUGUUCCUCUCGAACAUGAAAUACAAUAUAACUUUCAAAAACUGGUUUAACGCUGAAUUUUGCAGCCUUUUUUAAAAAUAUGUCUUUUGAAGUGUUGGAUCACAAUCUUAAGCAGUAAGUAUACAUCGUGGCCAGCAGAAACAAUAAAUAAAAUUAUGCGUAUAAUCUUCCACAUAAAUCACACAAAAUUAUUCAUUGUAUGCUUUUCCCGUCAUAAUAUACUGCUUCUCGGACAUACAACCGAGGCGGGAAAAUUGUUUCUUUUUUUUAAGUGGCUAUUCUAUUAUUUUGCUUCAUCUAUGUAACAUUAAAAAUAAUUUGUUUUCAAAGGGUAUUUAUAAUUAUAUAGAUAUGGUAUUUAAAUAACUUAGAAUCGCUUGAACGUAAUAUGGAUUGUAAAAAGUGUAUUUAGUUUGUAGAACGAUAUAAUAAUCCAUUUCUAGUAAUGCAUAUCUUUAGAUUUCUUACGUCAAAUUCAUUUUUCGCGCCAAUGGAAACCGAUGUCUUUAUUUGUAUAUUAUUUCUGUUAAAAUAAUUUAAAUAAUUUUUAUACAUCAAUUAUUUGUUCAUUAAACAUUCUGUAUUCAAUAAUUGAAGUUUACAAAUGGGUUAAUUACAAUUUUAUGUUUGUUUUUUUUUGUUGAAGUUAAUUAUGGCGCGUAAAAUGAUUUUAUAUGAUUGAAUGGAAUCGUGAGGUUUUUAAUAGAUGGGUGUAAUAUGUGAAUAUGUAAUCUAUUUCUUUUCAUAUCAUUACAAUAGACUUAUUAGUACUUAACAGGCAUUAAUAAACAAGAAAUUAUAUAUGGCUAAAUUAUAAUAAAUUUGAAAAGUACAAUAUUUACACGCACAAAAUCGCAAAAUUCUCAAAUAUAAAAUUUUUUGGCCUAAUUGAUUUUAUUCUUGAAGAAAAUUGACUUACUAACAUUUUUUCUAACGCUUAAUUCGUAAAAUUUGUAGGUUAUAAUUUAUGUAAGAAUGUCAAUUGAAUUUAAGGUAAUUUUGGCGGGAAUUUUAGACAGAUCAUAGAUUAUUCACAAUUUUUUUUAAUCAUUACGUAUUAGUAUAACGAAUAAAAAUCACAAAUCAUAAUAUUAGAGACUAAGGAAAUGGGUUUCAUGAAAAAAAAAUAUAAUUCCGUGUUUGCCUAAGUAAAAUUUAUUCUAAAUUUGAUAAAUAAAAAAUAUGGUCUGUCUUAAAAACGUAUGCCGCCGUGUAAUAGCAAUGAACUUGUGUUUUAUUAUACCCUCCUCCUGUGAUGUAAUAAAUGUUAUUGGU